AUGGAAAUUUAUGAGAAUAAACAUUUUAAUUCAGAUGAUGAUUGUGCAACAGUCAGAGGUGAUGAAUCAGAAACAGAACACACUGAUUUCCCAGCUUUUAAUAAAGAUGGUGUAGAUGAUAACGAUAAUAAUGAUAUUGUAAAUUAUGGUAUUAAAUAUAUGAAAUCAUUAGGAGAAACUUUUAACAACUUUGGUGAUGAAUUAACUGGUUCGAAAUCUCUUGACUGUAUCAUGGAAAAUUCAAGUAUGGAUAUAAUUGAUUCUAUUGACAAUAAUGAUGAUUAUAGUAUUAGUAGUAUCAGUAGUGAUGGUGAUUAUAAUAUUAAUGAUGGUGAUUAUCAUAUUUCCAUUACUGUUAAUACAAAAUCAGAAUCUAAAAAAGAUAAAGUGACAAAAACUAGAAGAUUGACUAGAUCACCUAAUAAUAAAAAGAAACAACCUCCAAUAAAUAAAUCUUUAAAAUUUCAAAGUACAAAGAACUUUUCUAAUAGUAAUAAGCGAAAAUUUAUUUAUAAAGUAAAUGAAAUAGAUAAGAAUGAUAUUUUUGUUAGAGAUAGAGCUGGUCAAACAAAUUUACAUAGAGCAUGUCAAGAAGGCAAGCUAGACAGAGUUAAAGAUCUAGUAGAUAAAGGAUCUGACAUUAAUGCAUGUGAUAAUGCAGGAUGGACUUCACUUCAUGAGGCUGCCUAUCAUGGAUAUUUAGACAUUGUACUUUUUCUAUUAGAAAAUGGAUCAGAAGUUAAUGCUAUUUCAUAUGAUGAAUUGGAUACUCCACUUCAUGAUGCAUGUGCUGAAGGCCAUGAAGAUAUUGUUAGAGCUUUAUUAGAGUAUGGAGCUGACCCUGAAAAAACUAAUGUAAAUGAAAAAAAACCUGGGGACUACACAACUAAUAAAAACAUUAUUAAAUUAUUGGGGACACCUGUAGAAGUUGUUAAAACACCUGUUAAAAAGUCAAACUUUAGUAGUUCAAUUAAAAGACCAGUAAAUGGUGAUAAUGGGGAAGAAAGUGGAGAUGAUGUUCAAACUAAAAGGUCUACAAUUUUGAAGGCAAAUGACAAUUCUAUACUUGAACCAAAAGAUUUUGCAAAUAAAAAAAAAUUAUUUAAUAGAUCAGAAAAUCCGAAAUCUAUUCAAAAGAAAUCACCAACUGCAAGUGUAAGAACCAAAUUCUCUAAUAAUGAUAUUUUAAGAAUGGACCUUAAAAGUAGAGAUUUGUCUGGGAGAAGUCAGCUUCACAUUCAUGCCAAGAAAGGUAACAUAGAAAUGGUAGGAAAUUUGAUUGAAGCAGGAGCCAAAAUCAAUAUUACUGAUAAUCAUGGACGUACACCACUACAUGAAGCUGCAUAUGAAGGUCAUUAUGAAAUUGUAAAUAUAUUAAUUGCAAUGGGUGCAAAUAUAAAUGCCACUGAUAAGAAAUUAAAUUCACCACUUCAUGAUGCAGCCAAGAAUGGUCAUACUGGUAUUGUGGAGGUACUUUUAUUAAAUAAUGCUAAACCUUGUGAGAAAAAUAUUGAAAAUAGAAUGCCCUUAGAUUUAGCUAAAUGUAGAAAAGACAUUGUUGAAUUAUUAUUUGAAUCUCCUGUAGAAAUAUUUGAAUUAGAAGUGAAAGAAGUAUUAAUAGAUAACAGUCAAACAUUGUUAAGUUUUAAUGCAUUUGAAGAGCUUCCUCCUACACCAGAAUAUUUGAAAAUGGAAAUAAAAGAUAAAUAUUCAGGGCCAUUGUAUACAGUUCAGCUGAACACUGAAAUUUCGGGAUAUCCACUUGCUGCACCCAUAAUUCCUCCAUCAGGAACAUUAUUUGUUGUGGAUUUACAAGUAGAAUUAAUUCUAAAUCUGAAAAUAAGCACAUUGAUACAAUCAUAUCCCAAUCUUAUCAACAGACCUAUCUCAUUAAUGGAAAAAGAAAGACUCUGGCCAUUACUACGUUCUAUGAUAUGGGCACCAUCAAGAUCCAUUAAUCCAUCUGAAGUUGUUGCAUUGGAAGAUCAAAGAAAAUCAAAAUUCUUAAAAGUCCAAAUGCAUUUUAUCAAGUAUGAAGAGGCUAUUAAAUUAAUCAAAGAUGAAUUGAAAAAUCUUUAUCUUACAACCGUUGAAUUGGAUAUUUCAGACUAUCCAAAUAUGGAUGAUGAUAAAACUAAGAUAAACCAUUAUGGUUCAUUGGAAAUUGAUAAUGAUAAUAAACUUCUUCCUUUGACAUUUCCGCUAACACCAAUUUCACCUACUGGAUCUAAUAGGUUUAUUUUUAAUUAUAAAAUGGUUUAG